AUGCUCCUGGUUGCGGCGAGUCAACUCGUCUCCGGCAUCUGCGAGUGUGGAUAUUCAAUUAUAGAUCUCGAAAACCAGCAACCCAUCUUCUUCACAGACUACCUGGAGACCGACUUCGCUCGCCUCCCUACCAUCUCACAGGACAACGACUGGGUGCGACAACAGUUUGCUGUCUCUGCCGAGGAUGGGCGAGGCGAUUACGGCAAGGCUUUUAAGCCCGAGAACAUUCGAACUCGCAUGGCAGAAAUGAAAGGUCGACAGGACGAAGUAGCUGGCCUCCACCUCCUUGUGGGCAGUGUCAUCGAUGACCAUGGUGCCAUCUCGGGGAGCGAACUGGAUACCGAGAGACAAGACCUUCACUGGGGCUCAUUCCGGGCCGGUAUGAAGUUGACACCGACCAACGGAACAUGUGCUGCGUUUUUCUGGUAUUUCAACGACACCCAAGAGAUUGACAUCGAGUUCCUUUCAAGGGAGUUUGACCAUGACAAGGGCAUCUACCCCGUCAACCUAGUAGUGCAGUCGGAGCAGUCCCUAGAGGCUGGGUAUGAUGCGAGUAAAACUGGAACUUACAAGAGAGUCAACUUGGAUUUUGACCCAACGGAUGCCUUUCACGAGUAUCGAUUCGACUACACGCGAAACCGGGUUCUGUUCUACGCCGACAGCAAACUUAUCGCUCGGAUGGAGGGGGAAAAUAUGCCAUCGGCUGGUGGCCAUCUCAUUCUUCAGCAUUGGAGCAAUGGCAAUCAAUGGUGGUCAGGGGGGCCGCCAACCGAGGACGCGACAGUCACCGUCAGCUAUGUCAAAGCCUAUUUUAACUCAUCAGAACCCAAACACCAGGAGGGGUCGAGACAAGAAUGUUUGAGAUUAAAAGCAAGAAGAACGACAAUAUGCGCAGUUCCCGAUGUGACAGAGCAGAAUGCUUCGUCUGGCGGGCGCUUCUUUAUUGACGAUGAGACCUCGAACAAGAAAGAUAGGCAAGUUGAAAACGAAGCUACAAGCUACGGAAUUCGAGGGGCUACUAUUGAAAGAGAUAUUGUGCUGGCUUCUCAAGGGCUAUCGAAAAUUGGGUUUACGGGAGGAUAG